UAAAUUUUUACGACUAUCGAUUUAAAUCGUCCACCAAAUGAUCGGCCAGUAGCGAUCGAUGAUGGACAAUCUGAGUGACAUUUACUAUCUCGUGCAGAUAAUUGUUUAUCAGAUAUUCGACUACUUACAGGAUCUGAUCCUGUACAAAUUCCUCUGGCUGGUCUCGACCAACGACGAGAUCGACUAUUCGGUUUCGAAGGUGCUCGCCUCCAGAAACAUGACAGCCGAUGUCUUGGCCUUCUUCGUUCUCUGCGCCAUUUUGUUUCUCAUCGCGAUGUUCACAUGUUUCACGUCCAAAUGCGAGAAAGACGAAGGACGAGAUAACGCGACCGCUGGUAUCGAAAUAGUAUCCACGGAGUUCCAGGAGGAGCCUUACUGGAGUUUCAGCGCGACGAGCUGCUUCGACGCCUGCGGGGACUCGGUCUGCGGCCACGGGCGCGCUCUAAAGCGAAACUUCUCGGACGAGAGUCUCACCAGGAUUCGCGGGGUGGAUCGUAAACGACACAAAAGGAUUCUGAAGUUGUCCAUCUUCGGUUUGAGCGGUGUCCAGGCUCAAAAUUCGCAGAGCACCCGAACCGAGAUGAUGGCUCGAAAGAGCAGCCAGACGUGGCUGGUCAGACGAACUAGGAGCGGACAGAUCUACGGGAAGUAUCUUGCGUAGAUCGACUCUCGACCAACGUUUUACUUGUAUUUUUUCUUCUUUUCUUAACCGUUUACCGCUUUUUACGAGCCUCUUUUAUUUUGUAACGGAUCUUAUCGUCGCGGCAGACUUUGUUAUUCCGCGAUGAAACUUUACGAUUUUUACAGGAAUGAAUUUAUUUUUCAAAUAUUGACACCAACCGUUACGCGCGACGUUUUAUGAGACUUUUGUUUCGUUGAUAGGAAAUUUUCUUGAUGUUUUUGUUUUUUUUUUUAGGCUGCCUCGCCGUGGCGAAGUAUUUGUACAGAA